UGCUCCUGCCCAACCUGUUGACGUGAGGUGAGAACAGUCCUCUCUCCCCGUUGGCUCUUCCUCCUCCCGAGCUCUUCCUCCUCCCGAGCUCUUCCUCUUCCCUCCUCCUGGCCGAGACAUGGACACACCGUCGGGAUAGAGACAGCGAGCAAGGUGUCAAAUUAAAGACUCACAUCCCAGAGGACAAACAAGCGGAGUAAAAAACCAGCUGCCUCAUCAAAGAGGGGUUUAGAGGAAGGACUGAAUCCCUGCGUGGAUCACCGAGAUGAACAUGGCCUUUUUAUCUGUGGAGCCCAAAUCCCUUCUGUCGCUCCUCCUCCUCCUCUACCUCACCUGCCUGAGCCAGUCGGCCAACAGCAGCUCAACCGGUCCCUCGAUCAACAGCACAGACACAUCCUCGGGUUCCUCCAACGACACCUCCCUGAAGGGUGUGCCCGGCUGCCGCACAGGACUGCACCCCGUCUACAGGUACCUGUGUGACCGCCGGGCGGCAUGGGGGAUCGUCCUGGAGACCCUGGCCUCCUCGGGCUUCCUCUUCAGCAUGGGCCUCCUGCUGGGCCUGCUGCUCUGGUCCCUCUGGAUCUGUGUCUCAGCUAAAACCCAGCGCAGCAGCAUCGGGGGCACGGUGGCCUGCAUGUCCAUGUUCCUGUUCGCCACGGCCGGGAUCUUCGGCCUGACCUUCGCCUUCAUCAUCCGCCUGACCUCUCAGACCUGCCCCACCAGGAUCUUCCUCUUCAGCGUGCUCUUCUCCCUGGCCUUCUCCUGCCUGCUGGCUCGCUGUCUCGCCCUGCUGGGCUUCGCGGCGGCCCGGGGCUGGGGGGAGCCCGCCGUGGCCCUGGGGCUCUUCACCGUGCAGGUCAUCAUCUCCACCCAGUGGCUGAUCCUGGUGCUGGUGCGGGACGAGAGGCCGUGCGAUUACAGCCAGGAGGAGUUUGUGAUGCUGCAGAUCUACGUGCUGUGCCUCCUGGCCAUCAGCUUCAUCCUCUCCAUGCACUUCCUGUGCCGCUCCUGCUCCACGCACAGCUUCAGCUACACCGGGCCCACGAACCAGCAGGGCAGACAGCAGGCCGCCAUGGUCUUCCUCACACUGCUGCUGUCCGCCGGCAUCUGGUUGGUGUGGAUCACCAUGCUCACCAAAGGGAACCCGAGGCUGGACCGCCGGCCUCAGUGGGACGACCCGGUGCUGAGCAUCGUGCUGGUGGCCAACGGCUGGGUCUUGCUGAUGGGACACGGGUUGUCCCAGGUGUCCUUCCUCUGCCGGGGCGAGGCCAAGUCACAGGAGCUCCCGCUGAGCUUCGCCGGCUGGACCAGCCCCAGCGCCGAAGUCCCAGAGCUGAGGAGUCCGAAGGAGGGACGAGAGAACGGAAGCUAUGAGUCGGAUGGAGAGAACAGGAGAGGCAGGAGAACCGACGCCUCCCUGCGCUCGCCCUACGAGUCUGGAUUCUCCAUGACAGAUAUCGACCCUAACAAGGAUUACACCAUCCCUCGCCCGCAGACCGACUACAGGGAACCUUCUGAUGAAUUUUCCGAGGAAGAAUAAACAACUCGCCACAAACGCCUUGAACCUCUUUCUCGUGCCAAUGUAAAUAUUUCUGCAUCGUGUUCAAACGACUGUUAUUUCAAACCCACGUGGAAGAAGACUCAGCAGCAGGCGGCUCGUCUGAGUUUCUUCCCCGAGGCCGGACGGGGUCAGAUUGUCUUAGUUUGCUCCGGGUGGGAAAUCCACACGACAGAAACUCAGCAGAAGUGGAUGUUCACGUUGUGCACGUUGUGAGUCCGGCUGAGAAGGUGUGUGUGUAUAUGAAAAGCCCCGAGGUGGUGGAGGAGGCGUGAAACUGUCGCUGUGAAGGUGCCAAACUGCUGAGAGGAGCAGAAAGGAGGUGGAGAGAAGGAGCUUAGCAGAGGAGGAGACACAUCCAAAGUCACUGUGCUGCAGCAUCAUCAGCACACAUGUUCAGUGUGUAUAUAAAUAUAUGAGGAGUACGACUUUUAUACAAUUGUGUGACGACAAUAAAACAUUAAUCUGUAAAA